UUUCCCAUGAUGCACCGCGCUGUUUACGCUGACAUCCAACAUGGCGGCUGACGGCUGCGUCUUCAGCAGAACCCUGACCCGGUCCAGAUCCGUUCCAAACAAGCCGUCCUCGUCCUGGUCCUCGUCCCGGUCCUCGUCCUCUCCUGUGGGCUGCAGAGAGCUUCUGUUUGUGGUGGACGUCCAGCGCUACAGCAGAGAUCAGGGCUCCACCGUCUACUUUCCCCAGGCCGUCCUCAGCGGUGACGACCUGUAUGACAUCAUUCUGACGGACGGACACUGCCGGCUUCAGGUGACUCUGGAUCCCGGUCUGAACCGGCUGGUGGAGAGGAACAUCCUGCGGCCGGGGGCGGUGCUCUCUAACGCCGCCUUCUGCCCCGCCCUGAGCGCUCAGCUCCCGGAACGUCCCGUGGCCUCUGGAGACAGAGACAGCUACAGACUGGUGAGUGUGGAGGUCAGAGAUGAAGCUGCAGGUGAUGAAGAGGACGUCAGGAGGACGGACUGGGACUCUCUGCCUUGGUUUGGAUCUUCAGGACAGACAGGUGAGACGUCAGCAGGUGAGACGUCAGCAGCAGGUCCAGCGGUCCCUCUGAGAGCCAACAGGACCGUGUUUCUUCCUCUGUGGAACAACGUGGACCACAGCGGGGAGACGUGGAGGUCGGCUCCGCCCACUGAUGAAGACGAGGAGGAUGAAGAGGCAGAGGAGGAGGAAGGACGGCGUCCCACUGUGACGGUGUCAGAGCUGCGGGACGCCUUCCUGUCCAGUCGUCGGGGCGUUGCUAAGGGUGCCGUCCACCAUCAGCUGAUUGUACGCAUCAUCAACAAGUCUCACCUGAUGUACUACGGGAGGUCCGACCGGAGCUGUGAGUGUCCUUAUAAGGCGGUGCUGCAGGUGUGUGACCAGACAGGAAGCGUGUGUGUGGUGCUGUGGAACAGCGUGUGUGUUAGCUGGUACAACUGUCUGAAGCUCGGUGACAUCAUCAGCCUGAGACGUUAUCGAGUCAAACAGCAGUACCAGGCCCACAACGAUGACAUCGAGAUCAGCGUCAACAGCAGGAACCCUGCUGCACAGAUAUCCCUGCUCCCAGAAUCCUCUGUUUCACCUGAGUGUCUCCCACCUGCACCCACCCACAGCUUCUACAGCAGUGCGGCGCUUCUGGACUGUCCUGAUGGCGCCCUCUGUGAUGUCAUCGGCCUGUUGAUGUUCGCUGGUAGAUCAGAACGAAUCAGGAGUAAAGAUGGCAGGGGGGUGGAGCUUCUGGAGUACCGCUGGCUGCGAUUGGAGGAUGGGAGCAGUGAUAAGCCAAUCAUGGUGAAGCUGUUCUCCACAUCUCAACCUGAAACACACCUGAAGCUCCACCCAUUGUCUGUUCUCGUCUGUACCCGACUGAAGUUGAUCAGGUCUGCAGAUGGAACCUCUGGCUGCUUCUACCUGACCAACACAACUUACACACAGGUGUACUGCACAGGACAGGGCCACCACUCACAGAUGAGUUACCGUAAACUCCACCAGGUGCGACACUUCCUCCGGUGGCUGAGGAGCCAGGAUGAUGGACAGGUGCUGAGCAGGGCUCUGAUUGGAGGCUUCUUCACCUACCCACCUCCUCCCAUCUCCUUGGAAACGUACAUGAAGGAAAGGAGAGGUGAACUGGGUUUCCUGAGAGGGGCGGAGCUUCAGAGAGAGCUGGAGAGGCUCUCUUACCGGGAGCGACGCACCUUCUGUAUCCAGGCCACCGUUACCAUGGUUACCUACAGCCGUCUAGGAGAGGAGGACCACUGCUUGUUCUGGGUGAACAGAUCUUCAUCUCUCUCCCCUUCCUCCUCCUCGUCUUCCUCUCCUCGCCCCUCUACAUCCACCCCCUGCUCCUCCCUCUCCUCCCCCCAUUCUUUCAGACCUCCCUUGUCCCCCCCCUCUUUCUCUCCGACCUCUCCGUCUUCAGCCGCCAGUCAGACUCUUUCUGCCGACCUCAGCUCACGUAAGAGGAGGAAGCUGCUGCUGGCCGAGACGCCCAAGAAGAGACUGCCCCGGGUCAUGUUACAGCCAGAACAGAACAACAAGACGGACGACACCCAGCUCUACAUCUCCUCCAUAUCACCACUUCAUCCCCUGCUCUCAGGUCAUCCUCCUCAGUUCACCGUACUGUUCCCCCAGCCCGUCUCUCUACCAUGGGGAGCAGAGCUUUCAGUCGCUCCCCGGCUCUGGAAGUCACUCCCAUCCGAGCUUCAGAACAUCGAUUCUUUUCCGUCUUUCACAUCUGAACUGAAAACCCAGCAGUUUAAACCGGCCUCCACCUGGAGGCCACAUCCUUCCUUCUGUCUGUCUGCAGUGAUUCUGUUUCAAGCCUCCAUGGAGUUUCUAGAAAACACUCCAGAGGAUGACGAUGAGGAUGAUGAUGCCUCGUCUUUCACUACUGCCCCCCUCCCGCCUGCCUUCCCACCUGUUGCUAUGGAAACAUUGCCGAUGCCCUACGACCACAUCCGCCGGGAAGAGCAGGCCGUCGCCUUGGCGAUGGGAGGACGAUUGACAUGUGGAAAGUUUGACUUUAUCUACAGGGACUACUACACACUAAGACUGAGAGCUCUGUCAGACAGAGUCCUGCUGGACACCGUCUUCCUCCCUCACGCCUCCUCUUCCUCCACCGAUUCUCACUCCAACACCUGGACCUCCAUCUUGUCCCAUGGAGCCUUCUCCUCACACACACCUCCACCUGCACCAGCUGACCUCAUCGCCAUGUCGGCACAGCUGACCAAUCAGAGGCUGGUGUGUGUCCUGGAGGCGUGUCACCUGGGCGGAGCCAGAACUGAACUGGUUCUGACCCGAGCGUUCCAGCUGACCGACUGACACCUGCUGGACGUUUUGAAGGUUUUUACACACUAAUGAAGCUUAUUUUGGAAGCCAUGUUUGUAGUUUUUACCCUGGCUUUGGACUACAGAACGGUACAGAGAAGAAGCUCUUAUUUCUUUUUAUUGAAUGUUUGCUGCUCUCAGCUGCCAGAAAUGUUGUUCUUUAGACUGAAAAUAAUUUAUUCUGUUUUUUAUUGUCUGGCUAGUUCUGCCUGAAAAACACCUCACACUGAAUAAAGCUGAAUUUCCUAAAAGGA